AUGCAGCUGGGUGGUCUCAUAACAUCUUCAGAAGAUGCUACACCGACACCUCCUGGAGUUAUUCCUCUAGAAAAAGAGUUCAGUGUAUCGGAUCUAAGCAAUUUAUCAAGCUCUUCAGCAAGCGCUUCAUCAAACGCUUCAUCAUCAGCGACAACUGUUGUGUCUGACAGUACUACGACACCAGCAUCCAAUUUGACGGAUACUACUGGAGGAUUACUGAAUGGAACAACAGCAGACAAUUCAACAUUGCUAGCAAAUGGAACCACUGAUAACUCGACACUGUCAUCAAUAGAUCCGGCUGGUAACAGUACAACAUUAUCCGAUGCACCAGUUGGAAAUCUAACUUCUUUGAUUGCGACUAGUGACAACACAAUAUCACCCGCGAAUCCGACUUGUAACAAGACAGCAUUACCCGUGAACGCGACUAAUGACAACUCAACGUUAACAGGUAUUGGAUUAGACGGAAACUCGACUGCUCUAAAAUCUACAGAAUUAGCUCUCAAUGAUACGGGUGAUACCAAUUCAACGACUCAAGCUCUUCUUCCUCCUGGAGGAAAUUCCACAGCAGACAAUUCGACUCUUGCAAGCAAUUCUACAAAUGGAACAACUGGUGGUAAUUCUACUGACGAUGCAACGACACUUGCUACCAAUUUAGCAGGAUUAACAAGUCCUGAUGGUAAUUCAACAGAUAAAGUAGAUAGUAUAAGUCCUGACGGGCCUGCUAAUUCUACUUUAGAUGGUACAACUCUCGAUAACAAUUCAACUUCUGUUGGCAAUUCGACUGAUGGAACAACUCCUAGUGAUAGUUCUACAGAUGCAACAACGACACUUGGUAAUUCAACGGAUUCAAUUUCAAGUCUUAAUUCUACAGAGGAUGCAACGCAAUCUACUCUAAAUUCAGCUAAUGGAACAACUAGUGAUAAUUCUACAGAUGCAACAACGACACUUGGUAAUUCAACGGAUUCAAUUUCAAGUCUUAAUUCUACAGAGGAUGCAACGCAAUCUACUCUAAAUUCAGCUAAUGGAACAACUAGUGAUAAUUCUACAGAUGCAACAACGACACUUGGUAAUUCAACGGAUUCAAUUUCAAGUCUUAAUUCUACAGAGGAUGCAACGCAAUCUACUCUAAAUUCAGCUAAUGGAACAACUAGUGAUAAUUCUACAGAUGCAACAACGACACUUGGUAAUUCAACGGAUUCAAUUUCAAGUCUUAAUUCUAAAGACGAUGCAACGCAAUCUGUUCUAAAUUCAGCUAACGGAACAACUAGUGAUAAUUCUACAGAUGCAACAACUCCAAUUCUUAGCUCUACAAGCGCACAUUCAGCUGCUGAGGCAACUUCUGAUUCCGAUGGAAUAACUACUCGAAGUGUUGAUUCGAUCUUAGAAAAUACAACUGCUGAAGAACAAAACCUUGCUGAUAACUCAACAAGCACAACUCUUUCUACUAAUUCAACAGAAGAACAGAAAACUCCCCUCGAUAAUUCAACUGCUACUCCAACACCGGAAAGUAUGACUCCUGGUUUGAAUUCAACAAUUGAUCCUACAGCUAUCACUGCUAACGAAAUAGCAGAACUUACAUCUUCUAACGACAAAUUGAAAGCAAAUCUAACUGCUGUUAGUAACUCUACAGAAGAAACAGCUCCUGAUUCUACGACAGAAGGUACAACUACUGAUGGCAAACCCACGGAAAAGACUUCUGAAUCCAAAGUAGAAGGUACAACUGACAGUAAUGGUUCUACAAAAGAAGAAUCAACUUCUGAGUCACCUGUAGACACCGCAACUCCAGCUGAUAAUUCAACUUCCAGCGCUGAUUCCGAAGAAAAAGCGACUACUGUUCUUCCUGAGAUAACUUCUGAAUCUCCAGUAGAAAGUACAAUUGAAGACACUAAUUCUACAGGCGAAGCCACUACCGCUAGUAAUGAUUUAGCUUCCAAUGCCACGGCGGAAAGUACUGCUAAUUCAACAGCCGCUUCAUCAGAAGAAACUAAAGCUAAAUCAGCAGAAGAUACAACUUCUGAACCAACAGCGAAUGUCACAGCUCCUAGUUUAACCGAAGCAAAAACUAGCCCUCCAGCUGAUUCUGGAAUUGAUGAAGUUACUCUGACGGCUGACUCAAUAGUAGAACAUAAAACUUCAAAAUCCCAUGCAACAGUAAACCCUACAACUCCUUCUGAUAAUUCUACAGCAGAAGAUACCACUUCUGAGCGAAUUGCUGAUCCUACCACUGAAAUUAUAAAAAAAGAACCAAAGGAAAGAUUGUUAAACCAUCUGUCCGCAUUUCAAAUGGAUUUCUAUCAAAGAGCCGCCGAUAAACAAGCUGCUUUAAGUCUCUCUAAAAAUGAAACCGAUUCUCUCGCUGAUAACUCCACAGCAUCAAAUUCUACUGACACUACCAAUUCAACACUUUCUAAUAAUUCUACUGCUGAAAGCUCAACUUUGGAGGCUGACAAUUCAACCGCAGGACCAGAUCUCAGUUCAGCUACAGCUGUUUCUAACACGACUGAAGGCUCAAAUUCAACUGCGACUGCAGAAGGCUCUGAUUCUUCAGCUACAACAGGAGCGUUAAGUUCAACUGCUUCACCAGAUGGAAAUUCUACUGAAACUAGCUCGGGAGAUUUGACUGGAUCAACCGAAUCAACUUCUGAAGCCGAUAAUUCAACAGCUUCUAAUUCUUCCGCUGAUGUAACUUCUACCGCGGCCGCAACUGCAAGCAGUAACUCCUCUUCCAAUGCAACCCAAGAUGAAUCGACCUCCUUUGAAAAGUCAACGGAUCUUGUAACCCAAAUGGAAGUUCAUCCAACAACUUUGGCUGCUGAUUCAUCGCACCAGAGCUCUGAUCAUUCACUCCAGUAUAAAUAUGUCGUCGUUGAUCCAAAAACUAAAAUACCUUGCUUGCUUAUGAGUGCUGUAAUGAAUUUGGACGUUCAUUAUGAGAUGGCUAAUCAUACCAUGGCUAAUGGAAGUAUGACUAUUCCAACGACAGCACAAGUUGAAGGUACUUGUAGUUACACCGAUGCAAUGAUGAUACUGAAGUGGAAAAACGAAAAACUUUCGGAAUCUAAGCGAGAUGUCGAUAGCAAUGAAAUUGGCAUGAACUCUGUUGUCUUUAAUUUCGUCAGCAAAGACAGCAAAGCUUAUCUCGACAACAUUGAGGCAAAUAUUUACCUUGAUAACGCGACUUUCCCUUAUGCGCUGAAGGCGACCUUGAAGGAAAAAUCAAUCAAACGUCUAAGUCUUUUUGAAGCGAACAUUUCAACAGAAUACUUAAUUUGUGAUGAACGUACGGAUGUCCAUACUCCUAACAUUACUCUGUCGAUGAAAAAUGUUGCGCUGAUAGCAUUCAAUACCAAAGAAGACUUAGCUUUAAGAAAAGCUCACGUUUGUGGAAAUGAAGUUACUGUAAACGUAGGAGCUAUCAUUGGAGGAUUGACAGCGGCUAUUGUGAUAAUUUGCGUUAUUUUAUACUUUAUAUCGAAGAAAAGUAAAAGAACUAGCGCAAAUCUACCAUGAUUAACGUUAACUAUUAUUUAGUAUAUAAAUUGUUUUGUUGAUAUAUGUUAUAGCACAAAUGAUUUAUUGAAUGUUAUAUAAAUUUAGAUUAUUAUUAUAUAUUUUUAAUCGUACUAGGCAAUAAGAUAUGACAGUAAUUUAAAGAUUAAUUCAUCAUCAUCGCCAUAUUGAAUAAACCAAAGAAAAUUA